UCACUGCUAAUUCAGCCCAGCCAACGGACACAGUUCUGUCAUUUCUAGAAUAUUCUACCGUCACUAAAAACAAAAACAGUAUGCCGUUUGGACGUCGGAGUUUUUGAUAUUUAGCUACAUAUAUUGUUGUCAUUAAAACGGUGCUUAUGUUGUGAUAGCAUUUUCCGUUGCGUAUCAGUAGUUAAUAUCGCUUUAGCUGAUGCUAAUAAAUGGGGGCGCUGCAGCCCGUGUUGCCUUCACGUGCAAUCGAAGAUACAGAAUUUUAGUAUAAAAACCAUACAUUGGUCUAAUUUAACUGCAUGUAAAUGCUCCUAGAUCAAAAAUUAUACUUCUUAUUUAUUUUCAUGUUGCAUUAGGUGUACACAAAAAACAAAUGUAUAUCCCCGUGUUAAAAAAAACAUCUCCCUGUGUUAAAAAUCUCAUCGUAUAACAAAAUAUUAUUACUAUAAUGUACUUAUGUACAUAACGUAUAAUUUACUGUAUUUACUAACGUACUAUAACACCUCUAGACAGUUGACCGACAACAAAAUGUGUAAAACAUCUACAUAUUUUUAGUCAUGUUGUCCGUGGUUAGUUUAAAGUAAGUUAAAACUAAAUUUCUUGUUUAUUGUGCUGUAAGUCAAGAUUUGAGAGCUUUAUUCUUCACCUACACAGUUAUACUGAGUACAGUGACAUUUGUUUUUGUAUUCACUUUUCAAAAAAACUAAAAAAUACUAGGAAGAAAUGCAACAAAUGAAUAAGUAACCAAGUGAAAUUAUGAAAUUAUUAAAAUAUCAAAGAAUACACACAAAUGUAUACACAACAUAUAGUAUACAAAGAUGCACGUACCAAUUACAGUGGUAAGUGUGCAGCUGUGGUGUUUGUGGAAAUGUGUUUCGUUUACUGACGCUUUUUUACAAUCAUGAGCAGAUGGGGCCAGAUCAAUAGCAAAUCAAUAUUACUGAUGAAGCUGGACAGGGGCUGGAUGUGGUUGGUGUUGCUCCUGUUCCUUCUGGCUGCGGCUGCAGUGACGGCACAGGAAGAGGAUUCAGAAGUCGUCGUUGCAGACGUUGAUGAUGAUGUGGAAGCUGAUGAUGACAUAAAGGCUCUGAUGGCGGAAGACGAGAAGGCAAAAUUGAUUGAAAAGAAGUCUGGCAAAGGCAAGGCCCGAGAAAAGGCUGUGAAGCCAAAUGAAAAUGUCUCCUUUCAGGUCACAUAUAAAACUCCUGUUCCUACUGGGCAUGUGUACUUCACAGAAACAUUUGACGAUGGUACACUGGACAGGUGGCAGAUGACAAAGUCAGUGAAGGAGGACGCAGCCGACGGCCACAACAAAUAUGAUGGAAAGUGGGCUGUUGAACAGCUGAAGGAGAACAAGGUUUCUGGAGACCAAGGCCUCGUACUUAAGUCUCGGGCCAAACACCACGGCAUCUCUGCAAUGCUGGAAAAACCUUUUGUCUUUGAGAAUGAGCCUUUGAUUAUACAGUAUGAGGUAAAUUUCCAGGAUGGCAUUGACUGUGGGGGGGCGUACAUCAAACUGCUGUCAGACUCUGGUGACCUCAAUCUGGAGCAGUUUGAUUCCCUGACGCCCUACACCAUUAUGUUUGGACCUGACAAAUGUGGAGAAAACUACAAACUCCACUUCAUUUUCCGACACCAAAAUCCUCUGAACAAAGAUUUUGAAGAAAAGCACGCAAAGAGGGCAGACGUCGACCUGAAGAAGUUCUACACUGACAAGAAGACUCACCUUUAUACACUAGUGCUCAAUCCUGACAACAGCUACGAGAUCUUCAUUGAUCAGUCCAGUGUGAGUCGUGGGAAUCUUCUAUAUGACGUGGUGCCACCAGUCAACCCUCCCAGAGAAAUAGACGAUCCAAAUGAUUCCAAGCCAAAGGACUGGGACGAGAGGGCCAAGAUCCCCGACCCUGAGGCUGAGAAACCUGACGACUGGGAUGAGGAUGCUCCAGCUAAGAUUGAGGAUUCUGAUGCUGUGAAGCCUGAGGGCUGGCUGGAUGAUGAAGAAGAGUUUGUCCCUGACCCUAAUGCUGAGAAACCAGAAGACUGGGAUGAGGAGAUGGAUGGAGAAUGGGAGGCUCCACGGAUUCCUAACACAGCCUGUCAGACUGCCCCCGGCUGUGGGGAGUGGAAACGCCCCAUGGUCAAUAAUCCGAAGUACAAGGGAAAGUGGAAAGCACCGCUGGUGGACAACCCCAACUAUCAGGGCGUUUGGAAGCCACACAAGAUUAUCAACCCUGAGUUUUUUGAGGAUCUGCAGCCGUUCAGGAUGAUGCCUAUCAAGGCCCUGGGUAUGGAGCUGUGGUCCAUGACCUCUGACAUCUACUUUGACAACUUCAUCCUUACCUCCCACAAAGAGGUGGCCGACCGCUGGGCUUCUGAUACCUGGGGGGUGAAGAAACUGGUGGCCAGUGCUAAUGAGCCAGGUAUUUUUGCUCAGCUGAUGACAGCCGCAGAGGAACGACCAUGGCUCUGGGUGAUCUACAUCCUGACCAUUGGCCUCCCUGUAGGACUGGUAGUACUCUUCUGUUGGCCAAAGAAAACAGAGGACACUCUGUAUGCUUACAGGGAGAUAGAAGUUCCUCAGGCUGAGGAGGAAGAGGAGGAGGAGGAGGAAGAAGACGACACAGGAGAGGCAGCAGCUGAGGAGGAAGAGGAGGCAGCCACAGAGGGAGACGCUCCAGGAGAAGCAACAGAAGAAGCCAAGGAGGGGCAGGAAGACCUGGACGGUGAAAAUCUAAAGGAAGGUGAUGAAGAUGACGGGGAGGAGGAAGAAGAGGAGGAUGAGAAGGAGGACGAUGAGGGGACAGUGGAGGAGAAUGGAGAAGAGGAGAGCACAGGUCCAGAGGAAGCAGCAUCUGAUGAGCUAAAGGAGGAACCCACCAGUGACGAGAACCAAAAACAAGGAGUGAGAAAGAGGAGGGUAAGAAAGGACUGAGGAGACGAAGGCCAGAGGGCAGGUCGUUUUGCUUCCUGGCAUUGACAAGGAAGCAAAAAGGGUAUUUUAUCCGCUGCAGCUCCCCCUGCCUGUGACUCUGGGGAAAGCACAACCUCCUGUUUGCCCCGUUUUUACAUGGUGCAGGUCUGCAGUCACAAACCAACUAUUAACAUCCUCCCCUCUGCCAGGCAUCUUCAUCCUGCCUGAUGAUGGGAUGUUCAGAUAAAUCCUGUGGAAACCUUUUUUUUUUCAUACUUCCUGUCUUCUCCCUAUUUUGAAGCCAUUUCUGUCAAAAUACCCGUCAGCCUUUGAACAUCCGCCUCACCCUUAUUUGGACAUGUCUUCACUGACAUCCACUGCACUCAUUUUUCCUAUGACUUGGCUUCAUCUUAGAAUGCAGUCCAUGUCCUGACGUAAAGACAUAUUUGGACAAAAAUAUCUUGAAAUCAACUCCUCCGUUGAUGUUGGUAUUCUGUUUUCAGGUUGGAGCUUGAUGGUCUGGAGCAUUAGUUACUUUUUUACUACGUAGUUAUUUAUAGUUAGAGUAUAAGUUGUGAAAUCAGUAUUUAUUUCCUUUUUUUUAAUUCAAUUCAAUUGUUUUGUUAUUUUUCUUUUAUGUUUUUUCCAUCAAGGUAAGUUGUGAAGUUAGGAUUCAGUUUGUUGCUCAUUGUUCUUAUUUUUGUCUGAGCUUUUAUAUAAAUUGUUUGGGCCAGAUGCUGCAGGUUGUUAUGUUUACGUGUGUGUGUGACUUGUACAUUACUCCUGAGAAUAAAAACUAUUUAAUACUACAGCUCUGAGCAGCGAAUCUCGCUUCUGUCAACGGUGGAAAAGGUAGUUUUAUCUAAACUAGGUUCGAAACAUGUUACAAUGACUAAAGCAACUGGUUUAGUCAUUGUAACACAAAGGAAGUGGAUUUCAGUCCUUAGACCGGACCAAGAAGCAGGUUAUGAUCUGGUGUCAAAGGUCAUCCUCCAGAACACCACUGAAGAAGAGCACAGACAAAUAUCAUUGUUCUUACCUUAAAUUGUUUUCACUCUGUCACACUCCACAUUGCCAUCACCUUGCUGUCACUGAUAUAAAUCUGAACAGGUAUCAGAUUUGAGUCCAAAUCCUGGACUUCAGUACUACACCAUUGGUGUUUGUUGUCGGCACAAACUACAUGUGAAAGUCACUCAUGCAGUGCCAAUACUGACCAGCAGGGGCAUGUUUGCCUCAUUAACUAGUGAGUCAAUCAAGUUUCCACCUACAGACUCCAGUCUUUGUCAUCAGUUUAUUGUUUUCUGACUUUAUGUUUAUAUACAGUGAGAUAUUUUGAAACUAAAAAAGAAAAACAGCAGAAUACAAACACUUUCUUCUGCUCCAGUUUACAGUUGUAUGAUUUAAUGCUUUAGUCCAGACACCAUGGCUACAUCCUGUUUUUAAGUGAUGCAGUGAAAGACACGCCCUCAUCAUCAUCAUCAUCAUCAUCAUCACAUUCCAGUCAGAGUGCCUUCCCCACCCAGACCUGAUGGAU